AUGGAUAUUCUCUUUAUAGAUAACAGCAGACAGGACGAGAUCCAAACUUUUUAUGAAGCAUGCCAACGUCAUAGGGAUUAUUACAGAGGAUAUUCAAAUUCUCGCCAUCCUCUAUUAUACUUCAGAGAACCGAAGUACAUGUGGCAAUGCCCGCCGGAAAUGACAACCACAUACCUGGAGUUUCCACCAUGUCAUGUAAAGUAUAAACAACCAGUGGUAUUACCAAGUGAAAGAGGUCGGACUAGCGGUUUUCCCGCGUUGCCCGACCGCACUCUUGCUGGUCGCUAUAAUAAAGCCGCUUGUCAAGCCUUCAUAAGAUAG